UACAGUUCCCACAGCGUCCCGUGAAGGCAGCAUUGAGUCACACGGGGCGGUGGCGGUCUCUCGUCGCCCUCCUGUCUCACCUGAGGACCUCCUCGCGAUGACGGCCUGUGAGCAGCUGGGCGGGUGAGCGGCUCCUCGCCCUGUUAGCGAGGCUCGCGCGGCGGAACGACGGCGCCUCGUGCCGCCUGAAAGCAGCCGGGCGUCCCGGACCCUUUGGACGGAGACGGAGAGCAGGAGAAGCACGCGCAACAUGUUUGAAGCGGCGGGGACCCCUCUCGUCGUGCUGGACUUUGUGUGCCUCAUCCUCGUUGGACUUCCAUUUUUUAUCCUCACCCCUCAACACAACCCUUUCAAACGCGGUUUCUUCUGCAACGACGAGUCCAUCCGAUACCCGCUCAAGGAUGACACCAUUUCCUACCAGCUGCUGGGAGGAGUCAUGAUCCCCUUCACGCUCGUCGUGAUUGUCUGCGGCGAGUGCCUUUCUGUUUACAUGUCCCGCGUCAAGAACCAGUCGCUGGGCACCAAGUAUGUGGCGUGUGUCUACAAAGCCGUGGGCAGCUACGUGUUCGGAGCGGCCGCCAGCCAGUCUCUGACGGACAUCGCCAAGUACUCCAUCGGCCGCCUGCGGCCCAACUUCCUGGCUGUGUGCAAACCGGCGUGGAGCAGCGUCCAGUGCAAAGCUGGAGGAUACGUCGAGAACGUCACCUGCACUGGAGACAAGUUUCUGGUAGAUGAGGCCAGAUUGUCCUUCUUCUCUGGUCAUUCAUCCUUCUCUAUGUACUGCAUGCUGUUCCUUGUACUGUACAUUCAGGCCCGACUGAGGUCAGAGUGGUCGAGGCUCCUGCGUCCCACCAUCCAGUUCUUCCUGACUGCCACCGCUGUGUACGUGGGUCUGUCCAGGGUGUCCGACUACAAGCAUCACUGGAGCGACGUGCUCACUGGCCUCCUGCAAGGAGGUUUAGUGGCCAUUCUCACAGUCUUCUGUGUGUCCAAUUUCUUUGAACAGCCAGUGGACCCCGUAGUGUCACAAGAGGAAGAGGCCUCCCACACCAGUUUACAGGAGAAUCCUCCUAACGGGAACCACUACGGCAGCACUGAAUGAGUCAAAGACGAUACUCUAGAGGACCCGUAUACCUUACAAUGAUCACGGAGGACCUGCACCAACGAACUGCAAGGGUUUGAUGGAAUUAACUGGUUGCCGUUUCUGUACAUUUGUUGGACAGUCUUGUCUGUGCUGGGGGGGUUUAGCCUUUUGGUGUUGUUGGUAAGCAUUGAUUGAAGGAAGAAAAGUGCACUAUAGACGACCGUUCUUGCACUUUACGGAGGUAUAAAGGAGCAGAACCGCCUGCAGUGGUUUUUGGUAAGUGAACCGCGUCGCAGUUUGUGGGAUGACAAAACGAAAUACAGCACAUGAACUUCCAGAAAGUUGCUCCUUUUUCAUUUACAGUGUAAGCCUGUUUUAAACGGGGCUGCUCGCGUAUAUUGGUCGGAUGUUGGCAUCGCGAAUGAAUGGAAUUCCUGUAGCCCCCGAAUAUAAUGAGCGUCUGUGUGCGCACUUCAAGCAGCCUUGUAGAGGGCCCGGCACCUGUGAAUAAGAACCUGGACGCUCCAUGAACUUCAGAUGGAGACUGAACUCCGAAAUAAUAUAUUCAUGUUUUGCUACUUGCUGUUAUUUCCCUUUUCUGAUGUUUUUUUUUAAUGUAUGAAAAAAACUAUGUUUUUACGGUUUGUAUGAAGCUAAAUCAGUUUUUAUCAAUAAAAGGUAUUGUUCUGAUCCGUACUGGGGAAAAGAUGUGUGACAAUUAAAGAAAGCUCUGUUUUGCUACUUUGUUCCUGUGUUUUGUCUUUAGAAAAGAGAUGAGUGAGUCUGAAGAUAUCUCGUACGUCUUUUUGUAACACUUUAGAGUCCGGUGUAAGGCCUCAAGGAACAGAAACCUGGGAUGUGAUCCAGUAACCAACUUUGUCUCAGAAAUGCAGAAAUGAAUAAACACUUGUUGGUCUAAAC